AGAGGUGGAGGCAGAGGUGACAGAGAAAGAGGAGGGGGCAGAGGAGGAAGCGAUCGAGGAGGGGGUGACAGGGGAGGCGACCGAGGUGGCGAAGGAUCGAGAGAGACUGCCGGAGAGGAGAGGGUCUUCGGUGGCGGCGCAGGAGGCGACACAGGAGGCGGCGUAGGAAGCGGUGUAGGAGGCGGCGGGGGAUAUGGCACUGUGGGGGGGUUUGGCGGCGGAGGAUAUAGCCCUGCCGGGGGGUUCAGUGGAGGAGUAUUCGGCGGGGGAGAAAUAUCUGACGCCGAAAUCUCCCGGCGCCAAAUGGACACCAUCAUCCUCCUUCUGCAGCGCCUCAGUGACAGGCAGGCCGCCUUCGAGACCCUGCAAGGCCAGCGAGCAGAGCGGAUUGACAACAUCAACUACAGACUAACCCGCAUGGAGCUGCUGGCGGAGGAGCGGAAGGGCGUGCUCAACGAGAUCAGCAACGCCAUCCAGCACCGAAUGGAGACCACCGACAACGAGAUGGACCGCAUCACCGGCCUCAUGGACAACGUCAAGGACAGCAUCUCCGCCCUCACCCAGCGCCACGUCGACCUCCGCGGCCUCAUCACGGACCUCCCAAGGGCAGUAGAUACGGGAGGCAACAACGAGCAGAAGCUGCAGGCGGUGGCGACCUCCGUGUUCAGCGUUCACUCGGUCGCCCAGGCCAUUCAGCAGGAGCUCGGGGAGGUUGGACUCAACCUGACGCAGCUCAUGAACACCACUGGAACGCUCGGCCACAUCCGGAACAACAUGGUGUCGAAGCAGUACCUUCUCCAGAGCCUCAACGAGCUCAAGUCCAGCCAGACGGUGCCCACGGCGGCCGUUAUGCCCCGGAUGAUGAGCACGAGGGGGAGGGGAGGCGGCAAAGUUGAAAAGGAGCCCGAGGACUGCUGGCAGCUUCUCCGCCAAGGCAAGAAAAAGUCGGGCGUCUACCGCAUCCAGCCGCAGUACUCCAGUGUUCCCUUCUUCGUGUACUGCGACAUGGAAACCGAGGGAGGUGGUUGGACGGUGAUUCAGCGACGCGAGGACGGCACGGUGGACUUCCUCCGCGAGUGGAACGAGUACAAGCACGGCUUCGGCAACCUGGCGGGCGAGUUCUGGCUGGGCAACGAGAAGAUCUACCUCCUCACGAGCCAGCACGUUUCGAAGCUUCGGAUUGACCUGUCUGACUUCGACCAGCAAAACGGAUUUGCAGUGUAUUCCGCGUUCGCUAUGGGGUCUGAGCUGGAAGGCUACUCGCUCAAAAUGCUGGGCGAAUACAGGGGAGAUGCAGGCGACUCUCUGCGCUACCACGUGGGCCGGCGCUUCAGCACCAUCGACGUGGAUAACGACGCCUGGCCCGAGCGGAACUGCGCCCGAGACCACAUGGGCGCCUGGUGGUACAGGGCCUGCGACACAAGCAACCUCAACGGGCGCUACCUGCACGGGCCGGUCCCCCCCGACCACGAGUACUCCGGCCUCUACUGGUACGACUUCCGCGGGCCGCGCUACUCCCUGUGGCGCUCCCGCAUGAUGGUCCGCCGGGGGGGCAGUGUAGGCCGCCCGAUCUUCAAGGACAUCGAUGAGAUUAAGACCUCCACCACCACUGUCCGACCUGAGGAACCUCCCCCAGUGGAAGACGACGAGAUCCACUCCGACCCGGAACCCUACGACCCUUACUCCACCUACAACGGAUACGAUCCCUAUGCAAUCUAUGACGGUUAAGAUCGUUCCUCCACGCACUCCACUUCUACUGACGUCGCCGAUCCACACGGUUGCAUGACCACUUCGACUUCAACGAGUUUCCCCUUCAGAGCUGAUCUCCACAGACUUCAUGUGAUCAGUAAUGAAGGAAACUUCCUCAACGGACAAACUCAAGAGGGACAAGUUUGAGCAUUCUGGACGAGAUAAUCUGAAGGCUAGGACGGAACUCUUCUCACGGAACUUUUCUAGAACUGUUCUCUUCUUGAAAAUAAAACCCUGGAUUUCUUUAUCUCAUUUCAAAAUGAAAGGUACUUUACCUUAUUAUUUCCAACUUUAAGAAAAAUAACUAAUGUAAAAUAUAUGUUGGCCAACUUACAUAUUAGCAUACUUUUGUGGCAAUAUAAUGUAAUGCCUUUAAAUAAUAAUAAAAAAAAGUCAUAA